AAAAAAAAAAAAAGAAAAGCCAUUCUCUGACCAUCAAUGAUCGAUCAAAACACAGCCUUGCAAUGUGAAACUGAAAGACAAUAACAUUAUGUCUACCAAAGUGCCUGAACUCCACCACACCACACAUGCACCCUUUCAACUGAUUCCGACUAGGACCAACUCCGAAGGCUUUGAGAUCACUCCUCUCUCACACGUAUUGUCUGAAAGGGAGGGAGAAACGUUCACAGCGGUUGCAAAUGCAUUAUAGGAAUUAAAAAUUCUGAAACAAAUAAGAACUUGAUAACCCUCCUCGCCGCAAGAACAGUAUUCCCAACUCAGAAACCACAACAAUGAAAGGCAAAAGGAACAGUAGCAUCUCCAUUGCCGUGGUGGUUCUCUCCAUGUUCCUCUUUGGGGUCUUCAUGUACAACGAGGACGUUAAGUCAAUGGCUGAGUUAACAUUCUUGAGGCCUAAAGCUCAAGAAAUCCAAGAACCAGAAGUAACGGUUUCCAAGAACUCAAGAACUCAGCUGGAGAAAAACCAGGUCGAGGACUCCGAGGAAACUCAAGAACCGAUUGACUUGAAAGCCGUUGUGGCUCAGGAGAAAGAGGAGAAGAUGAUGGUGGAAGAGUAUGGGGAAGAAAAAGAAGAGGUUGUGUUGCCUCCAGAAGAGUGUGACUUGUUCACUGGGGAGUGGGUUCUUGAUAACGUGACACAUCCUUUGUACAAAGAAGAACAAUGCGAAUUCCUCACUGCACAAGUCACCUGCAUGAGGAAUGGAAGACGUGAUUCUCUCUAUCAGAAUUGGAGAUGGCAGCCAAGAGAUUGCUCUUUGCCUAAGUUCAAACCGAAACUUUUGCUUGAGAAGCUUAGAGGGAAGAGGCUAAUGUUUGUUGGAGACUCAUUGAAUAGGAACCAAUGGGAAUCAAUGAUUUGUUUGGUCCAGUCUGCUGUACCACAAGGCAAAAAGAGCUUGAACAAGACUGGCUCUCUUUCUAUCUUCAGAAUUGAGGAUUAUAAUGCUACAGUGGAGUUCUACUGGGCACCGUUCCUUGUAGAGUCAAAUUCAGAUGAUCCAAAGAUGCACAGCAUAUUGAACCGUAUUAUCAUGACUGAAUCAAUCGAAAAGCAUGCUGUUAACUGGAAGAAUGUGGACUAUCUCAUCUUUAACACCUACAUAUGGUGGAUGAAUACUGCCACUAUGAAAGUCUUACGAGGGUCGUUUAAUGAAGGAUCAACGGAGUACGACGAAGUCCCUCGACCAAUAGCAUAUGGGAGAGUCCUCAACACGUGGUCUAAAUGGGUGGAAGAUAACAUCGAUCCAAAUCGCACCAAAGUUUUCUUCUCCAGCAUGUCCCCUCUUCAUAUUAAGAGUGAAGCUUGGAACAACCCAGAUGGCAUAAAAUGUGCUAAAGAGACCACCCCAAUUCUCAACAUGUCCACAACAUUGCAAGUUGGCACGGAUCGUAGGCUUUUUGUUGUUGCCAACAAUGUGACACAGUCGAUGAAGGUGCCAGUGAACUUCCUUAACAUCACAACUUUGUCAGAGUUUAGAAAAGAUGCACAUACCUCUGUUUACACCAUACGUCAAGGCAAAAUAUUAAGUCCAGAACAACAAGCUGAUCCUGCUACUUAUGCAGAUUGUAUCCAUUGGUGUCUACCUGGGUUACCUGACACGUGGAACGAGUUCCUAUACACACGUAUCAUCUCUCAAUCUUGACCAAAAUUUCUUCACUUCACAACUUUUUUUUUAUAUUUUUUUUUUACAUAAUUGUUAUAAAAUUUUCUCUUUAUCUCUUUUUCGCUUCAUUGCCUCAGUCUUUGUUAGUUUUGUCUCUAUGUUCUUGUAAGUUGUAAAUUUUUUUGAGACAUUUCUUUAGCUUUCUAUUCUUGUAGAUUGAGAUCUAGGACUUGGGCCUUGCCUUUUCAGUUUUUACUCUUUUUAUUUCUUCUUCGUGUUUCUUUUGUUGAGCCCAUUUGGCUGAGGUGGGAAGCACAGCAAGCAACUGAAUUGUACAAUGCAUCCUUGGAAAGAAAAUAAAGCAACUAAACAUAUCUUGUAUGUGAUUGGA